AUGACAUCUUCACAGGUACUUGAACUUGCGAAGGACUCAUCACUGGUGCUCGCACGGGAUGUGAGUUUCCCGCAGGACGAAGUACGUGCGGCAUUCGAAACCAUUCGCGCCGCGGAGGAAGAUCAUUACAGUGUGUUGUACACCGUCACGGGAAGAGACGACAAGAGCAGAAACUGGAUGGCGGUUCUCUGUCGCGGUAUGCAUGAGGCCGCGAAGAUGCAGGAGACCUUUGACGGCAGUAGUCAUGUCGACGUCUACGCGCUGCAGAAAUCAAAUGUUUCCAUCGCGGCUGUUGCCUCAUCGCCACGACACUCGCGGCCUUCACUGCGGCCCGCCGCCCCGCUGUUCCUACGGGAAUAUUCCGUCGUGACCCGCCAAGAGGCCGAGACGCGAGCCGCCAGCAGCGCCGUGGCUCCACCAACACCUCCCGUGAAGGCAGAGGAACCAGAAAAAGUACCGGAAAUAAGUACGGUGAAUCUGCGGGAAGAGGCGCCAGUUACACGUGUGAGUUUAACAGCGAUGGAAGUAGUGGCACCAUCUAUUAAGGAGGUUCCAAAGCAAGAGAAGGUAAAAGAAUUACCUAAAGAAUCUGCAGAAAAAAAGAAAAAACCACCAUCACAACAACAAACACUCUUUGGGAGUAUGUUGGGUGGUGAAAAGCAUGCACGGGACUCUACUGUAUCCUCAACUAAGACAGAACCAAAGACAAAAAAAUCCCGUUCUGCAAAGGCAACUGAUGAAAGUAAAAAUAAAAAUACCACAAGUCUUUUGAAACUUGCCAAGGCCUCAAAGAAGAAUAAAGUUAAUACACAAGAUCGAACAAUAGCUAGUAAUAAUACUACUACUAAUAUUGAUAAUAAUAAUAAUACUGACCCUAAAAUCACCUCAACUUCUCGGUCUAACGGACUAGGGCUUCUUGACGAGGACGAAGAGCAUGAUAACAAUAAUGGAAACAGUAGCAAUAGUGAAAAAAACAGCAGAAGUAAUUCCUAUCUUCGGGAAAUGGAAUUUAUGAAUGAGGAACCGCAAAAUCUUGAUAUAGUAGUUACUGCUGUAACGAAUGAUGAUAUCAUUAUCUGUGAUGAUGCGCCACCGAUGGUAUUUUGCGCUCCUGAAGCUUCUAUUUCUCCAUUAAAAAAAGAACAGCAACAACAAAAAAAAUGUGAUGCUGCUGUUAGCCUUGAUCAACCCAAACUUACCGGUUUUUUUCACCCAGAUGUUGGAAUUUUUCAGAAUACAUACGUUCUUGAAGUGAAAACUGAGACUGUAUUUGAGAAUGAUGAGUAUAUUUCAAGGGAUGUAGUGUACUACCGUCACAAGGAAAAUGGAGAACUUAUUUCUGAAGAGGAGUUUCAUAGACGUAGCAUAGAAGUGUCGCGAAAAGUUUGUGAAAACGCACAAAAAACAAAUUCCACUAAUGGUAGCCUCAGUGAUGCCCCUUCUCCGGCUGCCGAGUGUAAUGAAAGAACAUUUAUAGAAGCCGCAAGAAAUAGUAAACCACCAAAAAUUGAGAGAUUAUUACGUUCACAACCAAAGACACUUAUGUCUUACUUUAAAUCUGCUUCAUCGUAA